AUUCUUGUCAUAGUUUCAGCGGGAUCUCUAGCACUCUUUUUGAGUUUCGCAGAGGCGAAUAGCAGCACGAUCCCAACUGGCACGGAGCAGAAAUGGCAGCCCUGGGGUUGGAGAUCCUGGGAGUAGCGUUAGCCAUCUUGGGCUGGAUUGGAAGCAUCGCGUCCUGCACGCUGCCCAUGUGGAGGGUCACCGCCUUCAUCGGCAGCAACAUCGUGACGGCGCAGACCAUCUGGGAGGGCAUCUGGAUGAACUGCGUGGUGCAGAGCACCGGGCAGAUGCAGUGUAAGGUCUAUGACUCCAUGCUGGCUCUACCGCGGGACAUGCAGGCGGCCCGCGCCCUAGCAGUCAUAGCUAUCGUCCUGGGGCUGCUGGCCGUGCUGGUCUCAGUGGUGGGCGCCAAGUGCACCAACUGCGUGGAGGACGAGACCACCAAGGCCAGGGUGAUGAUCUCAGCGGGCGUCACCUUCAUCGCCACCGCGCUGAUGCAGCUCAUCCCCGUGUCCUGGUCCGCUCACACCAUCGUGAUGGACUUCUACAAUCCAACCAUCCCCGAGGGCCAGAAGAGGGAGAUAGGAGCCUCGCUGUACCUUGGAUGGGCAGCGGCCUCCCUCCUCCUCAUCGGUGGGGGCAUACUUUGCUGCAGCUGCCCCCCUCAGAAGGAGCAGAGGUAUGCCCCCCCCAGCAGGAUAGCGUACUCCACCGCCAGGUCACAUGCACCUAGCAGCUAUAACAAGAGGGACUAUGUAUAAAGUGUGAGAAUUACGUACGCCCCCCCCCCCCCCAAG